AUGUCGCAAGAGGAUAGCCCCAACCGUUCGACUUCCUUUCCAGCCAGCCCUACAAAAUUUCCAUCGCCUAGUCUAUUAGCCUCUGAUCUGUUGGAUGGUCAGGCAAUUCCAAAAGCUGUGAAGCCGAGUGACGCAAUUACAACAAGCUUAACACUGACUGGAAUGCCUGUUAAUGAUGGGAGUACAAUUGCCUCCUCUAUCAUCACAAAUGUUGCCAUUUCUGGCAGCCUCACAUCUGAAGGUCACAGUCUUGGUCUAGAUCGUAUAGCUGGGCCUACUGGGGAUGAAGAGAUGGACACAUCGAACCACCCAUUAGUGGUUCCAUCUGCUGGACCUACAGAUUCCGUGGACAUCAUUGAUAUAAAAGCGAGUCUCCAGACACCACCAUGUAGUCAGGUCUCUACUAUAGGGCAACCGACACCCGAAUCCUCUGGUGCACUGACGAUUCAGGCAAGAGGGGAAAUAAAAUUGACAAAUAGGCAGUCUGGCGGAAUGGAGCAAGUGAUCCCCUUCUCUCCUAAACUUCAGGAUCCUUUAAUCCCAAGCCUUCCGUUGGACGGGAACAUCUUUACAGGAGACCAAACUGCCUGGCCAAAAGACAAACUAACUGAACAGCGGCUAGAAGAAGCUCAGACCCAAAGCCGGCCAGCAGAGACAGUAGAAGCAAAAUUUGAGGCAGAAUCAAAACUGAGCUUUUUGGAGGCACCGGAUAUGAUGAUGAAUCGGAAUCAUUUAAAAGUAGUGAUUGAACAGUUGGAAGGAAGCAUUAUGAAACGUAUGGAAGAGGAAGCGAGUAAGUAA